CACACACGUGUACAGGUGCAGGGAUGAUGAUUGUCACCUGUCGGCCUCCGUAAGGCCUAUCGAUCUUCACGCACACAGACCAUCGCACACGUGCGCAUGCCCAGACCAGCGACUUCCGUUUUGUGGAAGCUGGUCAUUAAGCCUCUUACGUUGGCGAGUGUCCAGCAUCGUGCCAGUCUUGCUGCAGACAGAGCUUGUGUUUGGAUGGACGGCUUCAUGGCAGGACAGUGGACACAUUGACGGUCUUUGUCGUGACAUCUUGGGUGACUCCACAAAAAGCGACCUCGGAUGUAGGCACUGGUACCAGUAGAGACAGGGUGACCAUGAAGAAAAUGACAGGAGGUGGACACGUUCACGGAUCGGACUAUGUGCAAACUUGGAAGAAAAAUUCGAUCGAGGAGCAUCGUCUGCAAGACAAACUGCGAGAUCUGGUUGCCAAGCGCAACAGUUGCAUCCAGCACCUCUGUGAAAAAGAAAAGGAAGUGCGACUCAACGUGAAGUCGCAGGGAAGGCUCGGGACUUCAAGACUCCCUCAACAGAAAAGCCUGGAGUCGGAUGGCAUCCUCACUGACACAUCAUUUGUGAGCUAUGAUCGCCAACGGCGAGCCUCGCUGCAACUGGACCGUCAGACUCUGAGCACCAUCAGACCCGCGGACGCCCGCACCAACGACAUGAACGACCCAUCAUCAUCGUCUCCAUCAUCUUGUCAUCGUCGUCGUUUUUCUAUUCACCACGAAUCUACUAGCAUGGGAACGUGGUUCGGACCGGGCCUGGCGGAGCACAGCAGCACGAGAGACGCCGGGUCGCGACAAAGACGAGGCAGUCUGGACGGAAGUAUACCAUCUGGCCUGACCUUUGGUAGUCCUCCAGUCAGAAAGCAAAGUCUGACCCAUGGGUUUGGUCUACAAAAAUCAAUGGACACAACGUCCCAAGGUUCCUCUCCUUCAACACCAGAUUCCAAAUCACGAGAUGGCCAUCACUUCGUGUUCCCGCCACCAGCUUUGCCGCCAUCGUCACAUUUACGUCCGAGUCAAACACCAAACUCACAGUUUCUGCGAGAUUUCAGCGAGACCGGUGGCGCCACCCCUCUGACCUUUUCGCCUCACGCAUCGGGUGCCUACCAUUUCUCCAGGCACAGUCGGAACUCCCCAGCGAAAAAUUUGCUGCCAGGAAUGGCUGGACACCGGAAGCCAGAGAGCGGAGGCAACAAGAUGGCCAUCAUGCAUCACGUGAUGCAAAACUCCGCCAUCUUUGCCAUGGCGGGUGCAGAAGAGAAGGACCGUGCCACGAACAAGUAGCACAGGCUCGCAGUGUCCUGUAUACUAGCUGUCGUGUUAGCUCUGUGUAAUGUGGAUGUAGAAGGUACCUAGCCUCGGUCAAAAUAACCAGUCAAGUGCCUAAAAUACGACAUCAUCUUAAAAAAAAAACAACAAAAAAAAAACAAACAAACAAAUUUUUUUAAUUCAUUUUUGAGGAAUUAAGACUAGGCUUUAUUUUAUUCGAAACUGAAACGUAACACCAGGUUGGUGAGCACUGGCUUUCCACGAUAUUUCGUCCACCCGACUUUAAAUCCCAGUUUCCCUGUUCUGUCUGUCGGUUGAGUGAAGGUAGUGGGGUGAAGGGGUGAGUCCCUCCCUUACAGCCAUACCCUGCCAGCCACCACCCCUACCUACAACCUCCUCCAUCCUCUCACAUUAAUUGUGCAUUCUUGUUCAGAAGCGAUUGCAUUAUACUUUCUUACGGGGUGGAUUACAUGCAAAAGGCUUUCAAAGCUAUUUGAAUAUGGAUUGUGCAACCGCCUUGAUGAAAGCUAGGUCAGGUCAUGUACAGGUCAGAAAACCCAUUAUCGAGUGUUAAAAACAACCCCUAAAAUAAAUGCGGUAUUACAUUUUCAGAAAUAAAAGGUAUGGCGGUAAGAUUGCAAAUAUUUCUCCCAGUAUUGUUUCUGAAGUAUAAAGACUGCUUCUCUGUCCUUUUUAGGAAGUGUCGUCAUAGAAACCAUAUCUGUACUUAGCUAUUACCCAAAGAAAUCCCUCACACCCUCAGCUUUGUUCAGACAUCCUGGAGUUAGAUUACACUGCCGGGUAGUGGAGACCUUUAUCAAAUGUAAAUAUGCAUCGUCUUGUUUAUUCAUGUUUGUGAAAACACUACAACAUUACUGUGAGAUUUCAAUGUAGUCAGAUUCUUAACAUUUUUUCAAUAUUUGGAGAAAAGAACUUAAAUAUUCAGUUUGUUUGGUGUUCUUAUUGAAUAUUUGUGGAGUAAAAUCGUGCAAUUGUUGUUUUGUUGUCAGGUGACGAGAGUUUUCAAUGUAAUUUAGUGUUGCU